AUGACUCCAGACACCGACCGAUUCACUACUGGCUUUGGCCCUGUCCUCGCAGCGGCUGCCCGACAAAGUGCUCCCCAACCGACGAUAUCGACAAAUGUUACGGCGAGUGAAGCGCUCCAGCAUUUGAGUGUCUUUUGCAGUCCGACAUUCACCUUCUCCAAGCCGUUUCAAAUCGUCUCGUUUGUCAAUUUACUCGUCAAUGCUGCAUCAAAGCACCGCUCGUGGGAUAAUUCCGAUUCGAGGCAGUUUUUGGAAACACUCACGCAGAGUCAUGGGUUGGCUCGCAUCGAGGCGAUCUUGACAUUCGACAACGUAGUCACCGUGCUAAACAACCCUCGUGACGCCAUUGCGUUCUCUUCGACGUAUAUCAAUUGUCUAUCGUACUUUGUUUCAGAGGCCGUUUUGCAUAGUACCCUCAAGCAGCGCGUCAACUCGUGCAACUCUAAAGAUUACACAGUUCGCUGUACGCUGAUUCACAACAACUUUGAUCGCAUCCAUGUGAUCAUAAACGAGUGCAUGGACGAUAUAGUGUCUCGCAAGUCUUUCGAAACCCGACCCGGCCUAAGCUCUGGCUUCACCGUCUUUAGCACGCUGGUCGAGAUUCUUAUCCAAUAUGUGAUUCGCUAUCAAAACGCGCUACGCGACCAUCCUGUCCUCUACUCUUUCUGCCACACUCUGUUCAGUUGGCACACUAUGUGGUCCGAAGGAGGCUAUAUCGACGGUUGGGUUGUUGAGGGCGAACAACAGAAGCAAAUCGCAUUGUCCAACUUGGGCAAGAGUAUUGAGCGAUUGGCGAAUAUCAUCGAGCGAGAGAAUUCGGCGAUUCGACGCAAAACGACUCCAUCUUCAUCAGGAGGUGACUCUGGACGGAAACAAAAGAAUCAAGAUGAUACUCUUCGUAGGGUCCUCGACAUGUAUUACGAUCCUCCUGGUCAACUCCGAGGAGUAAGGCGACAUGACAACGACCUGGAGAACAUUCGAGACAUCUCGAUUCCUCCAACGGAACAAGAAAUGUUGUGCAGAAUCGCACCUUUUCUCCCAGCGAACAUUCCAAGUGGACCCCACUAUUUGGACGACAACUCGAUGGAAAGGUUGCUGGACAUUCAGUUUCGCCUCUUGCGCGAGGAGCUUCUGGCGGCGUUACGAGUCGUUCUUCAAUCUAUCACUCACAACAUCCAUAAUCCGGCUCCCAAUAAUGCGUUGGAGACCCUUCUGGCCUCUGAGGGUGGCAAAUAUAUUGCGCAUUCCGGUGGGAAUGACUCUGUCAUGGUCAAUCUUUACACCUCUGUCGACCCGAUCAAAGUCGUCUGCGAUAAAAGAGGGAUAUCGGUGGCGAUGAGCGUCGCUACACCUCCAGGACCAGCUCGAGCCACCUCGAUAGAGCGACGAGCCGAGUAUUGGCGCUAUGCUUGUAGGAAGCGCUUGAUGCCAGGAGGACUGGUCGCGUUGAUCUGGCAGACGGGUCAGUCUGUCAAGAUUUAUUUCGGACUUCUCUCAUCGACUCCGGACGAGAUACAAACAAACGCACGAGCAUCCAGCGAGUCGCUUGUGAUACGCGUCCGGUUCUUUGAUCCCAUCGUCAAUCUCAAGGUGAUGGAUUGGAUCCAGACCAGUUCGCGGGAUAGACUGCAGACUAGAAUUUUCCUGGUCGAGUCGCCUGUGAUGUAUGAAUCCAUUCGGCCAUUCCUAGAAGGACUCAAGCGAGAACCAACUUCCGUCCCAUUCGCUCAAAUCCUCGUUCAUGGGGGCCAUCCACGCGUCGCCGGACUUCCUCGGUAUAUCGAAGCGGACCCUCAGUUCUCCUGGGACCUCAAGAGCCUGGUGCGCUUAGAACACCCAGACCGUCCAGCGCUUCGUCUCAACCCCCGUGAUCCUGGCUCCACAGAGAAUGCGAGACAGAUACUUUGUUCGCACAGUCGCCUUGAUCGCAGCCAAGUGGACGCGAUGGUGGAUUGCCUAACAAAAUCAUUUGUCCUGAUACAAGGACCGCCAGGAACGGGAAAGAGCUUUACUGGCGUCGAGCUGAUGCGUGUCCUCCUUGCGAACCACCGAGGUCCAAUUCUACUCAUUGCGUUCACAAACCAUGCUCUCGACCACCUCCUUCUCUCAGUGCUCAAAGCAAAUAUUACGUCAAAGAUUGUUCGUCUGGGCUCACGCUCGAGCGAUGAAGAAGUUGGAGAAUACGCGCUCGAGAAUCUGGAAAAGAUGGAUCCAGCGUCUGACUCUGAUAAUCGGAGCUUAUAUCGAGCGUACGGGGAGAUGCGAAGCGUCGAGUCGGAGCUCAAAGAGCAUCUCGAGCAGCUUCACGCGGACGAAGCGUCGGAAGAGGAUCUCAUCGAGUAUCUGGAGCUCUUCUACCCAGAGCACGUUGACGAGAUUAGACACCCUAGUCAAUUUAUUCGUCUUAUUCGUCCCCACGAGGAAGGUUGGACAGAAGUAACCAGGGCUCGAGGUACUCAAGACACGCUCUAUCAGUAUUGGGCGCAUUCUAAGGAUCUUCAAUGGAUCUCGAACUGCCAAGAAAUUCAAAGAAAGCAAGUCCCUGUUGCCGCGAAUCGCUUCGCUCUCCUUAAGCCCGAGAGGGACGGAUCAGAAGACGAGUCGGACGAAUCCAAGGAUGACGACGAUCUCAUCUUUGAAACUGAAGAGCAGUAUAAUCUACGUGUGCUUCUCGAAAAUGCUGGUCUCCGCUCGCUACCUCCUCUACCGACCUCAAAUCGACCUCUUGAUCAACUCAUCCAAGAGCCAAAAGUAUGGCAAAUGUCAAUUUCGGAACGUUCGCGCAUCUCUCGCUUCUGGAAGACAGAAGCAAAGAAGCAUUUCAUUCAACGGCACCGCGAUAUCUUCUCCCACUGCAAGGACCAGUUUGAGAGUGCGAAGCAGAGAUAUGAUGAAGUACGAGAUCAAAUGCGCAGUCGGCUUCUAAGGAAGGCAGACAUCGUCGGAUGUACGACUACUGGAGCGGCUAAACUGGCAUCUUUGCUCUUCAGCUUCAAGCCUCGUAUUCUUUUGGUAGAGGAAGCUGGACAAGUCCUCGAGGCGCAUAUCCUUGGUGCAUUGGUCGAGUCGAUUGAACAUGUCAUUGAGAUUGGAGACCCUCUCCAGUUACGACCCACAAUCACCAAUUAUGCUCUUUCGUGCGAUCAUCCACUUGGAGGCAAAAUCUACAAGCUCGACCAAUCCACAAUGGAACGACUGAGCGAGUCGGGAAUGACCAUGUCGAAACUCCACGUACAGAGGAGGAUGCGAGGCCAAAUAGCGACGUUGGCACGAACGACGCUUUAUCCUCAGCUGAUAGAUGAUGAGUCGGUCUCGCGUUAUCCAAAUGUGAAAGGGAUGGCAAAAAAUAUCUUCUUCCUACAUCACACCAAUGCAGAGGGCGGUGGAACGAACGACGAGUCCACCUCAAAGUUCAAUCAAUACGAGGCUGCGAUGACAAAGGCAUUGGUUCAGCACCUAUUACGCCAAGGAUUGUAUACAAGAUCAGGAUCUAUUGUCAUCCUGUGCAUGUACCUUGGACAGCUCGUCAAAGUAAGGGAUGAACUUCGGAAUAGUCGAAUCAACGUCGUCUUCGACGAACGAGAUUUGGAUGCGUUGAGAGACAAUGGUAUCGAUGUAGACUCGGACGCGGCGGAUCACGGAGUCGAGCUACAGGAAGUGAGAAUUACCGACCAGGUUCUCAUCCGCACGGUUGACAACUUCCAAGGGGAGGAAGCCGACGUUGUCAUACUCAACACUGUACGGAACUUUGGCCCAGAUAAGCUGGGAUCUAUCGGAUUCCUCAAGUCUCCAAAUCGCGCAAAUGUUGCAUUGACGAGAGCUCGGCAUGGCUUGUAUGUUAUGGGAAAUGGAGAUCUCCUCGCCUCAAACCCCGGACUAUGGAAUCAGGUCGUCCAGUACUUCCGAGACCAGGAUUGCUACGGGACUGGGCUCCCAAUCGCGUGUCAUAAUCACCCACACGACGUCCGGCUGGUUGAGAACGCGAUGCAGCUUCGUCAAAUCUCUCCCGACGGUGGAUACCAAUCCCAAGUAGUCGUUGAUCUGAUCCUUGGGCUUACUAUUGCGGACUUGGACCCCACCUCCCAGGAGUUGGACAAUGUCACGAUCACACUGAGAUGUGGCCACACGUUUACUGUGGAGACGUUGGAUGGUGUGUGCGAACUUGGACAGUACUAUCGCAAGCAUGAGGUGACAGGUCGAUGGCUGUCUCCUAUCCAACGCUUGGAAGCGUUUGUGAAAACGCCAUGCUGUCCUACGUGCCGCAGGCCCAUCGAAGCACAGCGUUAUGGCCGAGCCCUCAAGCGUGGAAACCUCGAUAUCCUCGAACGGAACGUUGCGACCACUAUGGCGCGGGAACUUCAAUCCAUGCAACAGGAGUUGUCUACAAUCAGCACUGCGGGGACAGACAUCGAUGUUCUCCUGCCGUUCAAUGUCCUCGAAGAAAGAUUUUUGUCUCAAAAGGACUAUAGGACAAAGAUUCUAACUCCUGGCCGAGCGCUACCUAUCGUUAAUGAGCGGCUGUUGGGUCUCCAGAUGCGGAAGGUAUGCAGCCUGCAAGCACCAAAUGCGAGGCGAUGGUCGGAAGCAGUCAAACCCUAUCUUGACAUCUAUAAGCGGGCCUCUGAUAUCCUCGCUGGGCGUGCAGCGCACAUGGUUGCGUAUGAGGCAUCCUACUCCAUGCUCUAUGAACACGAGCUUGCGCGUGUGCAAAAGGGGCCAUUUGCUCCGAAAUAUCCAGAGCGCGUGGCACUUCAAUCAGCAAAGACCAAGAUUGGAAUGCCACCCCCUCGCGCAGACACACGCUUCAAGGUGGAAGCCAUUUGGAUGACCAUAGAUAUUCGACACGUCCUAGGGAGCUUGGCGGAAAAAAUCCAUUCUCGUCUCUCAAGCCAAGCUUCGCAUAGUCAGCAACAGCUGGAAGCAUUGCAACAGUUCAUCAUUUUCAUCUAUCACUCAUGCCAGUUGGACUCAAAUGCGGCAAUAAAGAUUGCUCAAUCUAGUGAUGCAUAUCGGCAAGAGCUCCUUUCGAGCAUGAGGCAAAUCAAGACUACCUGGAGACUCGUGCGGGUCGAAAAAGGCUCUCUUCCUGGUCAAGAGACAAAUGAGGGGCGUGUGGCUAGAGGCAAAGAUGUCUUGCAGCGGUUGGAAGAGGCGAGAUUAGCGGCUCGCACUGUUCGCAAUGCCUGUAGCACAAAAUCAGGCGUCAAUUUUGCGAUGAUCUCACAGGAGUUUGAUGCACCAAUGGAGAAGGUCUUCAAGCAGUGGCAAGAGUUGGGCGAUCACCUGAGCAGACCUUCGGUGUUCUACCAACCAGUGUCAGAUGACGAGCUGUAUGCUGUCAUUGGAUCAUUUACGGAAUAUAGACAUCGUGGCCAUUGGUACACAUGUCCGAAUGGCCAUAUUUUCACCAUUGCCGAUUGUGGCGGCGCAACCAUGACCAGUCAGUGCCACGAGUGUGGUGCGGUAAUUGGAGGAACUGGUCACGCAACCGUUCAAGGAGUCCAACAAGCGGUCAAUCUAGAGAGGAUUGCCGAAUCUCAGGGGGCCGUUCAAAGUCCAUGGGGCUGGAAUCGCAACGUCUGA